CUUCAUUUACGCUUCGUGCAUUAUUGCUCAUAUUUUCCUUAUUGUUAAACAAAGUGCAUUCCGAUAUCCGCGCUGUUGGGCUGGCGCCUGGCUGGCUCGGACACCGCGCGCUCGCUGCGAGCUGUUGCUACGCGCUUGCACCGCUUGACUUUUUGCAGUUUUUACGCGCACCCUCACUCCGCUGCUUUUGUACUAAUUUAAGUAAUCGUUUCAAAUCUUUAUUUUUUAACUUAAUUGCAUUGCAACUGUUGUUUUUCUAGCAACUCAUUUCAUCGCAUUAGUUCGUUAUAAAUUACAUUUUAGCUAUAAACAAGCUGUCAGUGCCAACUUACACUGACACAUAUACUCAAUUGAUUAAUUAAUUAACUCAUUAUUUUGCCUUUAAUUUAUAAUUUUUAAAAUGGUUGAUAUUAAACCUUUAAUUAAAAGGCGUGCCUCAUUCAAAGCUAAGCUUACGCUGUUUGAAAGCCAUCUAACAACUGUCGAAAGUUGUGAUCGCUUGAGUAGAUUGCAAAUUUCUGAAUUAAAUCACCGUUUAUCAAAAAUUGAAGAAAUAUAUUCAGAAUUUGACUCCGUUCAGUGUGAUAUAGAGAACGAAUUGGAAAUUCCAGAUGAGCAGUAUAAAGAACGCGAGGCUUUCGAGAGCAAGUACUUCGGGCUCGUCGCGCGCGCGCGCGAGCUGCUGGCGGCGGCCGCGCCGGCGCCGGGCGCCUCUGCGGGCGGCGACGGCUCGGAGACAGGUUCUUGUGUUACUGCAAUUGGAGGUGGGACAAAACUUAAACUUCCUACUAUAGAUAUGCCUAGCUUCUCGGGCCAUUAUCAUGACUGGUUGGAGUUCCGUGACACAUUUAGUAGUCUCAUACAUUCAAAUAAUUCAAUUCAAAACAUUAAUAAAUUUCAUUACUUGCGCGCCGCGCUAAAGGGUAGUGCCGCGGUAGUGAUUCAAUCUUUAGAUUUUUCCAGCGAUAAUUAUACAUCAGCUUGGGAACUACUUUGCGAUCGUUAUAAUAAUAAAAGAUCUUUAGUGAACAAUCAUGUUCAGGCAAUUUUUAACAUAGAACAUUUGUCAAAAGAGUCGUCUAGAUCAAUAAGAAACCUUAUUGACAAUAUAAAUAAAAACUUAAGAGCACUCAAAUCACUUGAUCUCCCUACUGAGCAUUGGGAUGUUCUCAUAAUUCAAAUAAUAUCAAGCAAAUUAGAUACAACUACACAUCGUAAAUGGGAAUCGUAUAGGAAUAAAUUAAAGGAGCUCCCUACACUUCAAAUGUUUAAUGAUUUCCUUAAAGAUCGGGCUGACUUUCUAGAAUCAACUGAAAUCUCUAAUAAAAAACGUCGGUCUAGCGACACUACGCACAGUCGACAGAAGACGUUGACAGCUAAUACCUAUUCCCCCACUACUUCUCGCAAGUAUGCUUGUCCGUUUUGCAAUCAAGACCACGCACUGUAUCUAUGUCCUAAGUUUAAAACAUUAAAAUUACAAGCUCGCGUUGAUAAAGCUAUGGCACUCAAGGUUUGCUUAAACUGUUUACGCGUGGGCCACAAUGAAAAAACGUGUAGGCUGAAUUCGUGUCGCACAUGUGGAUUACAGCGCAAUAGUCUGUUGCAUGAACAUACAACUCCUGCGCCUUCGUCUUCGUCAAAUGACGUCGCGCUGCAUUCUUUGCCGCAGCCUGACGACGAUGAACAAUUUUCUAGUCCAGUUCAAGAAAUUUCUAUGUCAGCCGUAAAUAAUAAUAGCAUGCUACUGUCAACGGUCUUAAUUCAAGUGACAGACCACAGUGGUAAAAAACAAACAAUACGAGCGUUACUCGAUAAUGGUUCAACCGCGAGUUACGUUACUGAAAGUUUAUGCGCAAAAUUAAACUAACCUACUUCUUCAGCUCCGACAAUAGUCGACGGAUUAAAUUAUCAAACAUCACGUUUGUCAAAAAGUUGCGACGUACUUAUAUCGUCAUUACUCAAUGAUUAUCAUGAAAAGGUGCCCUGUUUAGUAGCAUCACGUAUAACUCAACCGUUGCCAGUGUCUCGAAUUGACCGUACAACGUUAAACAUACCGCCACACAUUAGAUUGGCAGAUCCCAUAUUUGAUGUACCUGCUCCAGUAGACAUGCUACUUGGAUCAGGAAUAUUUUGGUCAGUACUUGGUACUCAUAAAAUUCCAUUAGGUAAAAAUAAACCAACUUUAUGGGAAACCAAAUUGGGUUUCUUAGUUACAGUUUCAUCAAAACAAAACUUACCAUCGAAAUUUAAUACAGUCCAUUGCAACCAUAACAUUAAUUUAUACUUACAACAUUAUGAUAAACAAUUAAAUGAUCAAAUUUCUUAAUUCUUUGAAUUAGAAUCAGUAAGCUUCAACGUAUAAUCGCAUACGUUCAUCGGUUUAUUCACAACUGUCGUAACCCGCAAAACAAACACACUGGCACACACUGGUUACAUAAAAAUUAAUGAACUAAAUUUGUCCUUGAAUUCAAUGUGCAGAUUCGUUCAGCUUGAAAGUUUUAUUUCAGAAUAUGACUUAUUAAAAAACAAAAGGCAAUUGUCUGCCAAUAAUAAAUUGCUACAAUUGAAUCCAUUUUAUAACACAAAUGAUAAACUGUUACGAGUAGGUGGCAGCCUCUGUAACUCAUUUUAUGAUUAUGACACUAAACACCCAAUAUUGCUUGAUUCAAAGCAUCAUUUAGCCACUUUAAUAUUUAGACACUAUCAUACUAUGUUUUUACAUGCACCUCCGCAACUAUUACUUGCAAUAUUGCGUCACAAAUUCUGGUUUAUCAAUGGUCGUAACCUGGCGAGAAAAAUUGUUGAAAACUGCAUUAGAUGUCGUCGUUAUGCAGGCAAGAGCGUCCAACCCAUAAUGGGCAAUCUUCCUUCACCACGGCUACAUACUGACUAUGUUUUUGCUAAUACCGCGUGUGACUACGCCGGACCAAUCAUGAUACUGAGCCGAAGAGGUCGAGGCAGUAGACUGAUAAAGUCGUACCUCUGCAUAUUUGUUUGUCUGGCCGUAAAAGCAGUUCACAUAGAACUUGUCACCGAUUUAAGUAGUAACACUUUCCUCUCAGCACUAGAUCGAUUCAUCGCCCGCAGAGGAAAGCCUCAAAAUAUUUUCUCAGACAAUGGGACUUGCUUCACAGGCGCAUGUAAUGAGUUGUCUAAAUUCUUAAAAUCAAACAGUAACUACAUCAGCUCAAAAGCAUCUGAGUUGUUCAUAAACUUUAAAUUUUCACCAGCAUAUAGUCCACACUUUAAUGGAUUGGCCGAGGGUUCCGUAAAAUCUGUAAAAUACCACCUAAAAAGGGUCUUAGGUUUAGCCCACUUAACAUAUGAAGAUUUAAAUUCAGUUCUCGCUUCCAUCGAGGCUACCCUUAAUUCUAGGCCUCUCACCCCAUUAUCAUCCGACCCUUCAGACCUUACAGUACUCACCCCCGCUCACUUCUUAAUCGGACGAACGCUAACGAUGUUGCCUUCUCCUCAGAGCUCUUACCCUGCGGCGAUACCUACUCUCUCACGAUAUAUGAGGAUUCAACAAUUAAAAGCCCAUUUCUGGUCCCGAUAUUAUAUAGAAUAUAUUACA